AUUAUUAUUAUGCAUUGGCAAACAAAUAGGAGAAUUUGUCUCUCAGCCUCCGAUUUACUUUUCACUUUCAAUUUCUAGGGUUUAGUUUUUCUAAUUCUAUAACUUACCCUAUUAUCAAUUACAUUAUCUAUCUUUCAAUCAAUUAUCAAUGAAUAAGCUCUCUGCUGUCACAAUUUGCGGACUUUGAAUUUCGAGGGAUUUGGCAACGAGGACUGGGCUUGUUUCUUUAUUUCUUUUUUCUUAGUGGGGGUUGUGGUCAAUUGUUUCUGUUCUAGGAUAUAUGUUAUCAGUGAACUGAAAUGAGUGUAGUUGGGUUUGAUAUUGGUAACGAGAACUGUGUUGUUGCCACUGUGAAACAAGGGGGUAUUGAUGUGUUGUUGAAUGAUGAAUCAAAACGUGAAACACCAGCUGUGGUUUGUUUUGGGGAGAAACAGCGGUUUCUUGGGUCUGCUGGUGCUGCCUCUGCUACGAUGAAUCCAAAAUCCACUAUAUGUCAAGUUAAGAGAUUGAUUGGCAGGAAUUUUGCAGAUCCUGACAUUCGUAAUGAGCUAAAAUUGUUACCAUUUGAAAUUUCUGGAGGGAAGGAUGGUGGCAUUUUGAUUCACUUGAAAUAUUUGGGUGAGAUGUAUACAUUUACGCCAGUCCAGAUCAUGGCAAUGCUUUUUUCACAUUUGAAAGAAAUAACAGAGAAAAAUUUGGAAAUGCCGGUUACAGAUUGUGUGAUUGGGAUACCAUCAUAUUUCUCAGACUUGCAGAGACGGGCGUACUUGAAUGCUGCAACUAUUGCUGGGUUGAAGCCUUUGAGAUUGAUGCAUGACUGUACUGCAACAGCACUAAGUUAUGGGAUAUACAAAACAGAAUUCUCUAACUCAGGACCAACAUUUGUUGCAUUUGUGGACAUUGGACAUUGUGAUAUGCAAGUAUCCAUUGUAUCAUUUGAGGCUGGGCAUAUGAGGGUCCUAUCACAUGCUUUUGAUAGCAGUUUGGGAGGAAGGGACUUUGAUGAGGUUUUGUUUGGUUAUUUUGCAGCACAAUUCAAGGAGCAGUACAAAAUAGAUGUGUAUUCAAAUGUCAGAGCAUGUUUAAGGUUACGGGCAGCAUGUGAGAAGUUGAAGAAGAUUUUGAGUGCAAAUGCUGAGGCACCGCUAAAUAUUGAGUGCUUGAUGGAUGAGAAAGAUGUUAAAGGUUUUAUUAAGAGGGAGGAAUUUGAGAGGCUAGCUUCGGGAUUAUUGGAGAGGGUUACUGUUCCUUGCAGAAAAGCUUUAGCUGAUUCAGGAAUAUCAGUGGGAAAGAUUAAUUCCAUUGAGCUUGUUGGCUCAGGUUCUAGAAUACCGGCUAUUACUAAGUUAUUGGCAUCUGUGUUUGGGAGAGAACCCAGUCGGAAACUGAAUGCAAGUGAAUGUGUGGCUCGUGGGUGUGCCCUCCAGUGUGCAAUGCUUAGUCCAGUUUUUCGAGUGAGAGAAUACGAGGUUCAAGAUUCUUUUCCUUUCUCGAUUGGAUUCUCAUCAGAUGAAGGUCCAAUUGGCACAGGAUCAAAUAGUGUGCUGUUUCCAAAAGGCCAAUCCAUUCCAAGUAUUAAAGUUUUGACAUUUCAACGAAGUGGCUUGUUUCAUUUGGAAGCAUUCUAUGCUAAUCCGAAUGAAUUACCCCCUGGUGUAUCUUCAAAAAUUAGUUUUUUCACAAUUGGUCCAUUCCCAGGCUCACACAGUGAAAAGGCAAGGCUUAAAAUCAAAGUUCAUUUGAGCCUUCAUGGGAUUGUCACUAUUGAAUCAGUAAUGUUGAUGGAAGACCAUAUGGAUGAUCCUGUUAGAAGGACCAGUGCCCAUUCAGAAAUAGAAAAAAUGGACGUUGACUCUGCAAAUGGUGAUGAGGAUGAUGCGAAAUUUCAUGUCAGAUCAUCAGAUGCUUCAGCUAACGGCUCAAUAAAAGAUAAAUCCAGCCGGAGGCUUGAGAUACCAGUUAGCGAGAACAUAUAUGGUGGAAUGACUGAGGCUGAGCUUUCGGAAGCUAAAGAGAAGGAACUUCAGUUGUCUCAGCAGGACAGAAUUGUCGAACAAGCUAAAGACCAAAAGAAUGCCUUGGAGUCCUAUGUUUAUGAGAUGCGCAAUAAGCUUUUCAACACAUAUCGAAGCUUUGCCAAUGACCAAGAGAGAGAGGGGAUUUCCAGGAGCCUACAGGAGACAGAAGAGUGGCUUUAUGAAGACGGUGACGAUGAAACUGAGAAUGCUUAUACCUCAAAAAUGCAGGAUCUUAAGAAGUUGGUGGAUCCCAUUGAGAACCGAUAUAAAGAUGAAGAAGCAAGAGCACAAGCUAAACGGGAUCUGUUGAAUUGCAUUGUGGAUUAUCGAAUGGCUGUUAAUUCUCUGCCAGCUGAGGAUAGGGAGUUGAUCAAUAAUGAGUGCAAUAAAGCAGAGCAGUGGCUCAGAGAGAGAACCCAACAACAAGAUUCCUUACCGAAGAAUAUUAACCCGGUAUUAUGGUCAAAGGAGAUAAAGAGCAGGACAGAGGAUUUGAACUCGAUAUGCAAGCACGUAUUGGAAAAGAAGGCUUCCCCCAUAAAUUCCGAGGACAAGAGCCCAGACCAGCAAUAGGAUCAAGGUGUUGAAGCCUUGAAGGCCUCAUCAGAAAAGUUCCAUUCAAUUGACACUUGUAACUUACACGGUUUUACACAGCGUAAUUAUACAAUUUUUUAAUAUACAUUGACAGCCAUACACAAAAAGUAUUGAAGGUUUUGUUUCCUCUAUUCUUCGGUAACCUGAACAUGUCAUUAACAUGGAGCAGACUGCGAAGCACUCAUCAAGAUGGAUUGCCCAUAGAGGAGAGUAUACUUGUCUGCUUCGAUGCUUCCAAAUGUACAAAACAAUGGAUCUGAGUUUUGCUUGAUUUCUGUUCCCAUAUUUGUUUUAUAUGUAGUUUAACCAUAUUUGGUGUUGUUUAUGUAGUAAAUGCUCAAGUUUGCCUCUGGAAAUAAUCAUGUGUUUGCCCUCCA